CAGUUAUGUUAAUUAUAAUUCUGUGCAGCUACAUUCCAGUAAUAUUGGGAAAUUAUAUUUAAAAAUAGCAAGUAUUCCAAAGUUAAAUUUUAUGUUUCCAAUUUUGGUUUCUGCUUUCAAGAACAGGUAAAUCACUUAAUUGCACCAAGUGUAAACUACACCAGCCAUUUGCGCUCGGAAUUCUCAGCACGCGAGAUAAAAAUCAACAAUAUGGAAACAAACCUUCAUGUCAUCCAGCCUCCUCCGCUGUGACAUGCAAUCGAAGGCAGUGGUCCGAUUGCGCUUAUCAGAUGACUAGCUAGAUACGAAUUGAUCAAUUCUGCUGGCAUUCGACGGCCGGCCGUAUUCAACGGCACAUCUAUCUCUGCGACGGUGAAGGUGCUGGGGCACGUGGUGCGUGGGUGCGAUGUACCAGGGCGCGAGCGUUGACCGCAGGCGCAAUCCGCGCGAACGCGCUGGUCUUUUACGCGUCUUCGGCUUUUUGUUCACUGUCGAUAUCUUCCGAAAAGCGCGUCAUCGAGAUUUAAUUGAAGAUGAUCUCUACGAACCGCUGCAGGAUUGCGAAACGGCGCAUAUUGGUGAUCGCUUGGAGUUCGAAUGGGAGAAGGAGCGCCAACUUGGUAGGAACUCGCUCACCAGGGCUUUGGUGAAGGUUUUUGGAAGGACCUACGCUUUGUAUGGCGUAGCCACACUUUUUAUUAGAUCCACACUUAUGACAGCGAGUCCAUUACUUGUGGGACGGUUAGUAUCCUAUUUUGCACCUGAUUCUACCAUGACGCAAGAAACUGUGUGUGCCUACGGUGCUUUAUUACUGCUUUGUGGAUUUAUCCAAAGUGCCUUUAAUCAUCACUACCAUCUGGUGAUGUCCGUUCUGGGCAUUAAAAUUAAAGCUUCCAUUAUUUCACUGCUCUACCGAACAUCUUUACGAUUGACAAGUGCAUCUUUGAUGCAACUCACCAGUGGUAAACUGGUCACUCUUGUGAGUAAAGACGCAGCUGCUUUUGAGUCCGCCAUCACUUUCUUCCAUGAUAUGUGGAUUGGUAUUGUUCAGCUGUUUAUUGUCAACUACGUGAUGUACCAACAAAUCCAAGAGGCUAGUUUUGUUGGAGUUGCUUUACUCAUUGUUUUGAUUCCUAUUCAAGUUUACAUUGCUAAAUUUACCAAAAUGGUGCGACUCAAAAUGGCGGCGAAAACUGACGAGAGGUUAAAGCGAAUGCAAGAGAUUCUAACCUCAAUCAAACUUUUAAAGUUGUAUAAUUGGGGAGGAUAUUAUACUAAAUUAACCAACAAUAUAAGAACUGAAGAAAUAUCCAAACUGCGAAUAAUUUUCUACCUUAAAGCAACCGUUUUAAUUAUAAGUCAAAUCAGCCAACGGCUGUCGUUCUACUUAUGCAUCAUGUUCUACAUCUACCAGGGAAAUUUCAUCACUGCCGAAAAGACCUUCAUAAUCAUUGGUUGCUAUCAUAAUCUGCGGUUUGUACUUACAAUAGCUGUACCAUUUUUCGUAUCGCAAUUUGCUGAAGCUCGGAGUGCGAUGAAACGCAUCAAACAAGCACUGCUUAUUGAGAGUGUCCCAGAACCAUCCAAUGAUGGACAUGAUACAGAAGUGAAAAUUAUUGUCAAAGAUGCAACUAUAGACUUCUUAGGACAGCGAAUUCUGACCGCGAUUAACUUUGAAGCUAGAUCUCCCACUUUGGUAGCCAUUACCGGAAAUGUUGGUAGUGGAAAAAGUACAUUCUUGAAGAUGUUACUAAAAGAAAUCUAUACCACAUCUGGAAGUGUUCACGUUAAUGGUGUUUUGAGUUAUGCAUCACAAGAUCCAUGGUUAUUCCCGGGGACCAUCAGAGAGAACAUUUUAUUUGGUCUACCUUUUAACAGAGAACGAUAUCAGAAAAUAGUGAAGAGUUGUGCACUGAUUCAAGACCUGGAGAGUUUUCCAAUGAAAGAUAACACUGUUGUCAAUGAUAAAGGUUUGAAUCUGAGCAAAGGACAACAGGCAAGAAUUAAUUUAGCGCGUGCUGUUUACAAAGAAGCGGAUAUUUAUUUAUUGGACGAUGUUAUGGUGUCUUUAGAUGCUACUGUGAGCAAGUAUAUCUUUGAGAACUGCUUCCAAGGACUGCUCAAAGACAAACUAGUAGUAUUUGUGUGCCAUAACAAGAAAUAUCUUAAACUGACAGAUAGAAUUCAUGUUUUGAACAAGGGAACUGUCGAAGCAGAAGGGGAAUAUAACGAUUUGAAGAACUUAGGUAUUGAAUUCACAGUGGAGACAAUUGAUUCAACCAUUGAAACCAAGCAGAUUAUUGAUAAGAAAGCAGAAGCGCAAGAUGAGACCAAUGAAGAAGCAUCCCUGUUAACGAGCAGUAAACAUAUCGCACAACGAUUAUAUUUGGAGGGUAAACAAGAAGGAAAAGUAAAACUGGGUGUGUACAAAGCUUAUUUGGAUAGUACUGGAGGAUGGACUGUCUUUUUCGGUGUCCUGGCUCUAUUUUCAUUCACGCAGAUCUUCCAAAGUAAUUUUGAUUACUACGUCCAGAAAUGGCUCAAAGUAGAAGAGGCGAUCAGUAGAUUGACUUAUAAUAUAUCAAUGAACUACACAAAUGUAACAUUUGAAAGUGAAAUUUACACUGAAGCAUACGCAGAACAUAUAGGCACAGUUUACACCUACACAUUCCUAAUUGUAAUGGCGAUUGUUUGUGUGAGUGUUCAAUUAUUCGUAUUCUUUGGAUUCACUACAAAAGCAUCAAGGGUUGUACACAAUUCGACAUUCGCCAAGGUCACAAGCGCGACGAUGAACUUCUUUGAUCAGAACUUAUCCGGAAAUGUGCUCAACCGGUUUUCAAAGGACAUUGGAAUUAUAGAUGAGAUCCUACCAUAUAUUAUUUACGAAGCAUUUAGAGUACUGUUCUUUGCCUUGGGUAUAACCACAGUGAUUUCUGUGGCAAACCCAGUAUUGAUUUUUCCAACGUUGAUCAUGUUUUCGCUGAUGAUGUGGUUUAGGAGAAGUUUUCUGGUUGCUAGCAGAGGUUUGAAGCGUUUAGAUGGCACAACAAGGGCACCUGUUGUGGGUUUCCUCAACUCUACACUGGAAGGGUUAACCACGAUAAGAGCAAGUGGAAAUCAAGAGUUGUUAAUUCGCCAGUUCGAAAAGCAUCAAGAUUUGAACACCUCGUCAUUAUAUAUGUUCUUUUCGAUUUCACGAGCGUUUGGUUUUUGGUUGGAUUGCAUGUGUAAAGUAUACGUUGCUAUAAUUAUUUACAUCUCCAUCUUUACGAGCGUUAGAGGAGAGGGAUCAGGUGGUAAAGUUGGUUUGAUCUUAACCCAGGCCUUUGGAAUGAUGGGUCUACUCCAAUGGGGAAUCCGUCAAUGGGCAGAGCUGGAGAAUCAAAUGACAUGCGUGGAGAGAGUGGUUGAAUAUGCAGAUAUUGAACAAGAAAAACAAGCAGGAGUAGAUCCAGACAACUGGCCACUCAAAGGACACAUUGAAUAUCGUAAUGUUUGCAUGACGUACUUUACAGGCAAACCUGUUCUAACCAACGUGAACUUUGAAAUAUUAUCUGGGGAACGUGUUGGUAUUGUUGGUAGAACCGGAGCAGGAAAAUCUUCAAUCAUAUCCGCUUUAUUCAGACUGUACAACAUCAAAGGCUCCAUUAUAAUCGACGACUUUGAUAUUAGAGACAUUGAACUGCCAAUUGUACGUUCGAAAAUUUCUAUCAUCCCACAAGAUCCUGUACUGUUUGCGGGAACAAUACGUACUAAUCUAGACCCGGAUCAACAGCAUACAGAUAACGAGUUAUGGAACACCCUGGGUGAAGUUGAACUUAAGUAUGAUGUUGAAUGUCUUCAAGAGGGGUUAAGUACAGUUGUGCAAGAGGGUGGGGGUAACUUUAGUGUAGGACAACGUCAAUUAAUCUGUUUAGCUCGGGCUGUUUUACGAAAUAACAAAAUUCUUGUUUUGGACGAAGCUACAGCCAAUAUUGACCCGACAACAGAUGCGCUUAUUCAGAAAACAAUCCGUAGCUUGUUUUCGCAUUGUACAAUAUUGACUAUUGCACAUCGGUUGCAUACAGUUAUAGACUCCGACAGGAUUCUUGUCGUGGACAAUGGAGAGGUGAUAGAUUUUGAUACGCCUAGGAAUUUAGUGCAAAGGAGAAGUGGCACAUUUUACAAUAUGGCCAAACAAGUUGGUUUGGCAGAUCAAUUUUUGACCGAAGAUCAAAAAGAUAAAUAAGUUAAUAUAUUGUUAUUGUUUUAUAUAGUUUGAAGUAGUUAUGUUUUAAUUAUUGAAAUAUAUCUCGUGUUUGUAUAUUUUCUAGUUAUAAAUAUUUUGUAUAUGAUCGACUUUAAUAUAAUAAAUUGUUGAAAUAUAA